AGUAGGUGCCUCCCGGGCCGCCCGCUCCGCCUCAUACACGUUACCGUCUGUGCGCUCGAGCAGUACACUCGCCAGGAAAACACACACUCUCUCUAGUGUCACAGUAUGGCGCCGCGGCCGCUUCAGCACGGCUCCGCCCCCCCGAGACGUGACGUAUGAGAGACGCGCCGGACGUGACGGCUGUUUGCUCGGCUGUUGUGUGUCUGGAUUGUAACUGCUCGGUAACGUGAAGUAUCAAGAUGGGCGUCCCGAAGUUUUACCGCUGGAUCUCCGAGCGCUACCCCUGCCUCAGUGAGGUGGUCAAGGAGCACCAGAUCCCAGAAUUUGACAAUCUGUACUUGGACAUGAAUGGAAUCAUCCACCAGUGCUCCCACCCAAAUGACGAGGAUGUGCACUUUCGAAUCACAGAAGAUAAGAUUUUUGCUGAUAUAUUUCAUUAUUUAGAGGUUCUGUUCCGUAUUAUCAAGCCAAGAAAAGUCUUUUUUAUGGCCGUUGAUGGUGUUGCUCCGAGGGCAAAAAUGAACCAGCAGCGAGGGAGGCGUUUUAGAUCUGCAAAAGAGGCAGAAGACAAGAUAAAGAAAGCUGUAGAAAAGGGUGAAGUCCUGCCGACAGAAGCCAGGUUCGACUCUAACUGUAUCACUCCAGGCACGGAGUUCAUGGUUCGUCUCCACGAGCAUCUGAAGUACUUUGUAAAUAUGAAGAUAUCCACAGAUAAGUCCUGGCAUGGAGUAACCAUCUACUUGUCUGGUCAUGAGACUCCCGGAGAGGGAGAGCAUAAAAUAAUGGAGUUUAUACGAUCUGAGAAGACAAGACCAGAUCAUGAUCCAAAUACAAGGCACUGCCUUUAUGGGUUAGAUGCUGAUUUGAUUAUGCUUGGUUUAACAAGCCAUGAAGUUCACUUCUCUCUUCUAAGAGAAGAGGUACGCUUUGGUGGGAAGAAGAAUCAAAAAAGAGUUUCUGCACCAGAAGAAACAACAUUUCACCUGCUCCACUUGUCAUUAAUGAGAGAGUACAUAGACUAUGAAUUUUCACAUUUAAGGGACAAGAUCUCAUUCGAAUAUGAUAUAGAGAGAAUUAUUGAUGACUGGAUUUUAAUGGGAUUUCUUGUGGGCAAUGAUUUUAUUCCUCAUCUACCUCAUUUGCACAUUAACCAUGAUGCACUGCCUCUGUUGUAUAGAACCUACAUGAGUGUCUUACCAGAACUUGGAGGCUACAUAAAUGAGAAUGGCUAUUUGAACUUGGUUCACUUUGAAAAGUAUCUUGCUAAACUUUCAGCUUUUGACCGGGAGCAUUUCAAUGAAAUAUUUGUUGACCUAAAAUGGUUUGAAAGCAAAGUUGGCAAUAAAUACCUCAAUGAAGCUGCAGGCCAAGCUGCUGAAGAAGCUGAGAAUUGUAAGAAGAAGAGCAAGGAGUUGGAGGAUGCACUUUGUUUAGGGGCAUUAGAAAAAGAGGGAGAAGAAGAUGCUAAAUGUUUGGAUGAGGACCCAGAGGAGGAGGAUCUUUUUGAGACUGAGUUUAGACAGUAUAAGAGAUCAUAUUACAUGUCAAAAAUGGAAGUGGAGGUUGUGUCCGAUGAGUUUCUGGCCAGUCAAGCGUUAUGUUAUGUACAGGCCAUACAGUGGAUUUUGCACUACUACUACCAUGGUGUCCAGUCCUGGAGUUGGUAUUAUCCCUACCAUUAUGCACCGUAUCUGUCGGAUAUUUGUAAUAUCGGCCGGUUGAAGCUGACCUUUGAUUUGGCGAAACCCUUCAUGCCGUUUGAGCAGCUACUCGCUGUCCUCCCUGCUGCUAGUAAAGAGUUGCUGCCUCAGGCUUACCAGAGUUUAAUGACCAGUGAAGACUCUCCAAUCAUUGAUUACUACCCGCAAGAUUUUAAGACUGACCUUAAUGGGAAGCAGCAAGAGUGGGAAGCGGUGGUGCUGAUUCCUUUCAUCGAUGAGACUCGAUUGCUGGAAGCCAUGGAGAACUGCAACAAGCGCUUGACAGAGGAUGAGAGAAACAGAAACCGGCACAGUGAGUGCUUGAUGUACCUGUAUGAGAAGGACACAGACUUCCAAUACCCUUCACCUUGGCCAGAAAAGUUUCAAAGCAUUGAGUUCUGCCAUGCCAGGUGUCGGACUAUUUCGCUGGAUGCUUGGGUUGUUUCUAUGGGCGACAACAAGAUUACAAAAGUGAACAAGAGUGCAUUAUAUUUCUGUGGUUUCCCAACUCUGAAGCAUAUUAAGCACACUUUUUCGUUGAAGAAAACAGGGGUUCAGGUUUUCCAACAGAGCAGCCGAGGAGAGAACAUGAUUUUGGAGAUAAUCCUAGAUGAGCACUCUGAAGAUUAUGAGGUGGAAAAUGUGGCCUCUGCUGUGCUCGGGAAGUCUGUGUUUGUGAAUUGGCCUCAUCUGGAAGAAGCUCGAGUGGUUGCAGUGUCGGAUGGAGAAAUGAAGCUUUAUUUGGACGAGCCUCAGGGAACCCAGAAGCUGUAUAUUGGAAGGGCAGUUCCACUGACAAAAAUAGUGCAUGUCAGUAGCAAAGAGCGAAACAUCUGGAUAAAAGAAGUACAAGGAAUACAUGAACACUACCAGAAAAGAAAAGGCGUAAUUAUCAAUGAUACGUCGGUAGUUAUAUAUGCCCAGCUGCUUACUGGUCGUCGGUACCAGGUAUCACAAAAUGGAGACGUUGUCCUAGAGAAGCAGUGGUCCAAGCAGGUUCUUCCCUUUGUAUACCAGGCUGUUGUGAAGGAUAUUACAGCUUUUGAAUCUGGCUCUUCUCAUUUCAAGUCACUUGGUGAACUGUUUUCCACUGGAAGCACGGUCUUCAUGCUGGGUAUUCCAUACUAUGGUUGUAUGGGAGAGGUGCAAGAAUCAUCCGAUGUUCUCAGUGAGAACAGAAUUCGUGUUCUAUUUAGCAUUACCUGUGAACCAGAGCUUGAUGCCUUAAUACAGAACCAGCAUAAAUAUUCAAUAAAAUAUAAUCCUGGCUAUGUCUUGGCUAGUCGCCUGGGAGUUAAUGGAUACCUUGUUUCAAGGUUUACAGGAAGUAUUUUCAUUGGCCGGGGUUCCAAAAAAAAUCCGCAUGGGGAACAAAAAGCAAACGUGGGCUUGAAUUUGAAAUUCAAUAAGAAAAAUGAAGAGGUUCCUGGUUAUACGAAGAGGAUUGGUACUGAAUGGACCUAUUCCUCUGCUGUCGAGCAGCUUCUGGCUGAGUAUAUUGAGAGGUAUCCUGAGCUAUUCACAUAUAUUUCAAAGAACGGUCAAGAUGAUGUGUUCUACGAAGAUGAUAUCUGGCCAGGGGAAGAGGAGAAUGGUGCGGAAAAAGUUCAAGAGAUUGUUUCCUGGCUGAGAGCUCAUCCUGUUAGCUUGUUGUCCCGCUCAUCCUGUGAUUUGCAGAUCUUGGAUUCUGCUAUUGUGGAAAAAAUUGAAGAGGAGGUUGUGAAGUGUAAGACCAAGAAGAGCAAUAAGAAGGUGCGCGUGACGGUGAAACCACACUUAGUGUUUCGGCCUCUUGAACAGCAGUUUGGAGUUGUUCCAGACAGAGAUGCAGAGUUCCGGCUGUUUGACCGUGUUGUCAAUGUGCGGGAGAGCUUUUCUGUCCCUUUGGGGCUCAGAGGCACAGUUAUUGGGAUUAAAGGAGCGGAGAGAGAUGCCGAUGUCUUGCUUGAAGUAUUGUUUGAUGAGGAGUUCCCUGGUGGCCUAAGUAUAAGAUGUUCCCAGUCAAGAGGCUACCGUGUGCCGACAAGUGCCUUAAUCAACCUUUCUCAUGGUAUUCGUACAGAAAAUGGUAUGCAAAAGUUGACAGCUGUAGUUAAACCGCAGCCAGCCACAAAUCACCAUGGCUCUCACUCCUCUGAAUUAUCCACAGGAGGAUCUCAAAAAGGACACUUGGGUGCCCUCAACCAUUCCCCACGCUCGCUCUUCAUCCCCAUGAAGCAACCAAAUGAGAAUCCACAAUUUCAGGCAAAUGCAAGCUCUCCGCAGAAAAGUGGUGUCUCAUCUGGAAACCAGAACCCGAAGCGUAAACAAGACGAAUUCAGCAGUGUGUGGCACUCCUUGCAAGGCACAGGAAAACCUGAAUAUGCAGCACACAAAAUGCAUGACAAGAGUCUACCUCAGGAAAAGAAGCCUGGCCUCAUUAUGCACCAGUACAACAAAUCAGGCAACAUUGGGAACACCUCUAAGUGCCAGCAGAAAAAACAAGAACCAGUGAAGAUAGGAAAACAAGGCUUUGAAUUUAACAGGCAGGAGAACCUGCUGCUGGGUGUAGCUCCACAGAAUGUCUUUGAGCCUGAAACCCACAUCAAGCUUUUGAAGAGAAAUGAUCAGACAGAGGCACUGCACAGUAACGUUGGCCCCACAGAAGGGAAGCCAAAUAGUGAGUUUGAGAACCUCUUUGCAUUCUCUGAAGAUUGCAGGAGAGGGACAAGCACAUUCUGCACCCCUCGUGGAGGCUCAGUCUACAACUGAAGAACAUUUGUCUCCCCAGUCUUUCGCUUUGAAAGGGACGCAAAUGUUAAAGGAGAUCUUGAAGAUUGACAGCUCUGAUGGUGCAGACAAGCAGAAAGAUGUUAGAAAAGAUCUUCCUGUCCAGCGGAAACAAACCAAGCAGAUGG